UACCGGAGCUCGGCCUGGGCACCUGCGAGAACGCCCGGCCAGGAGUUCGGCGCGCGGUCAGCCUGGCAAGCCAGAGCCGAACCAGAGCUCCCUCCCCCCCCAUAAUUGCGGCUAAAUAGGCUCAAGGCAGCGACUGGAUUCCUUAAGCCCUGAACCGUGGCAUCCAGGGGUCCUCUGAAGGUAAAUAAGAUUCAGUUCCCGCAAGUCACAGGAGAGCACCGUGUGUCCAGGGAGUUGCCCAGCUCAGGGUAGAUGUGGUACGGCCCUCCCAGAGGUAGGAGAUCAGGGGAGGCGUCCCAGAGAAGGUGCCGUUUGAAUCGAGGAGAAGGUUGUGUAGGAAGUUGCUAGGUGGACUCCAGAUAAGGGUGGAAUCGCCUGGCACGCUGGGAUAGCAGAGUAGAUACAGAGGAAGAAGUGGGGUUUGAGAGUUCGAAAGCCGUGGACCAGAUCAUGGCGGGUUUGUGCUGCUCUUCCCUGUGUGCUAGCAUUCAGGAGCAUUCGUGAAUUCAAGGCAGAGAACUGCCACCUGUCCCGGUGCAGGAUGGACUGAGGGCGUGGAGCCACUCUGACGCUCUGGAAAGAGUGCCACGCAAGGGUUGGUGAGGGCUUGGACUGCAGGGAGCUGCGGACUGAAACAGAAAACUGGACCGGGAGAGAGAUGGUUGUAAUCGCAGGGGUCAGUGAGAUGGGGUCCCACCUGGACGGCGAAGGUCUCAGAAGGGCCGGAGGGCAGCUCUCUGCAGUCAUCAGACUCGUUUUCAUAGCACCGUGGGCUGGCACGGUGCCUGGGACAAAGCCAGCUUCCCACAAGCGUUUCUCAGCGACAGGAUGCUGAGUGAAUUGGAGUGAGAGAAUACAGGUCCUUCCCCAGCUUGGAACGGUAGAAAGAGACCACAGGCAGGGACCUUGUUGCUUUGCGCUCAUGUGGAUGGCUCCGUGAUUUUCCAGCGUUGUGUGCAGAUCUGAGCUUCUGUGAGUUCCGCAUUUCACAGAUCUGAAGCAGAAUGGACCUGCCCGUGGACGAGUGGAAGUCGUACAUCCUCCAGAAGUGGUCUCUGCUCCCCACGGCCGUCCAGCUGACAAUCGCCACAGCAGAGACGUUGAGUGAUGUCUUUCUGCUCUCCUCCUCGCUCCUUCAACCUGAGGAUGAGAUGUUUUUAAAAAGCCUCUCUAGAGGUUACUUCGUGGGAAAGGACCCUGGUGCUCCCCUUUUCUACAGAGAAGAAGGAAACAAAAAAUUCCAGGAGAAAGACUACACAGGGGCUGCAGUGCUGUACUCUAAGGGAGUGUCUCAUUCCAGGCCCCACACUGAGGACAUUGCACUCUGCUAUGCCAAUCGCUCUGCUGCCCUCUUCCACCUGGGUCAGUUUGAAGCAUGUCUUGAAGACAUCAGCAGAGCACAGCUGCAUGGGUACCCAGAAAGACUGCUGCCUAAGAUGCUGCUGCGUAAGGCAGAGUGUCUGGUGGCCCUGGGGAGACCACAGGAAGCGAGCCAGACCAUCACCGACCUUGAGAGUAAUCUCACUUCCCAAGCAAGUCUAGCACUUUCCCCCUUUCAGACUCUGCAGAGAAACCUUCAUCAUCUGAAAAUGAAGGUACAAGACAAGGAGGCUGUCACGGAAACCCUCCCGGCGGUGCUAGCCAGCGCCUUGGAGAACAUGGACCUCAGGGAAGAGAGCGAGCAAGUUUCCAGCGCAUCAUCAUCUGUCAGUUUAGGCACAGACCCUUCAAAAGGCCGCUGCCUAGUUGCCACGAAGGAUGUUCUCCCUGGAGAACUCCUGGUGAAGGAGGAUGCUUUUGUGAGUGUCCUGAUCCCCGGGGAGGUGCCACCCCUGCCUCACGGCCUGGGGAGCAGGUGGGAUACCAGAAUUUCCAAUGGGGACCUCUACUGUCACCGAUGCUUGAAGCGCACUCUGGCCACGGUUCCCUGCGAUGGAUGCAGCUAUGCCAAGUAUUGCAGCCUUGAGUGUUUGCAGCAGGCCUGGGAGCUGUACCACAGUGCAGAGUGUCCUCUGGGUGGGCUGCUGUUCACACUCGGCAUCUUCUGCCACGUUGCCCUGAGGCUAACUCUCGUAGCCAGAUUUCAGGAUUUCGACAAAGUCAUCAGGAAGCUCUGUGAUGAGAUUAAUAGCAGGGCCGUCUGUGUGCCUGAAAGCAAGCAUCCAGUCAAGACGCUCAGUAAUGGGCUGGGAGAGCAUGAAACAAGUGGCUCGGCAGUUGAGACCCCAGUUCCUGGGUGUGAUGUUAAUGGGAAGUAUGAAAAUAAUUAUAAUGCCGUCUUCAACCUCUUACCCCAUACUGAGAACCAUAGCCCCGAACACAAGUUCCUGUGUGCUCUCAGUGUUUCUGCGCUGUGCAAGCAGCUCCAGGCAGCCGGUUUUCAGGCCCUCACAGCUGGCCUAAAAUCCUCGAAGCUGAAGGCGGCAGUGGCUCCUGAUUUGUGUCCAGAUUUGCAUAUCUGGGGCGUGGCCCUGCUGCGGCACAUGCUGCAGCUGCAGUGUAACGCCCAGGCCAUAACUACCAUCCAGCAGACAGGAUCUAAAGAGGGCAUCGUUACCAGCAGCCAGCAGGUGCGCCUUGCCACGGGCGUCUUCCCUGUUGUCAGCCUCCUAAACCACUCCUGCAGCCCCAACACCAGCGUGUCCUUCGUGGGCACUGUCGCCACUGUUCGGGCAUCACAGCACAUCAGACAAGGGCAAGAAAUUCUCCACUGCUACGGGCCUCACGCGAGCCGGCUGGGCAUCGCUGCAAGGCAGCAGAAGCUGAGGUCGCAGUAUUUCUUUGACUGCAGCUGUCCGGCUUGUCAAACUGAGGCUCACGCAGCAGCUGCGGCACCCAGGUGGGAAGCCUUCUGCUGCAGCAGUUGCAGAGCGCUCCUGCAGGGCGAGGACGUGCUGAGCUGCAGCAGCGGAUCUUGUACGGAAGCCGUCCGCAGAGAUCACUUGGCCGCUCGGCUGCGGGACCUUCAGCGGCAGACUGGGCUGGCCCGGGAACUUCUCAGAAGUGGUGAGCUAGAGAAAGCCAUUCAGCAACUGUCAGGGUGCCAGCGUGAUGCGGAGAGCUUCCUGUGGGCAGAGCACAGCGUGCUGGGAGAAAUCGAGGAUGACCUUGCCUAUGCCUACGCCGCCUUAGGGGACUGGCAGAAGUCGGCUGCCCAUCUGCAGAAGAGUCUCACGGUGGUUGAGGCUCGCCAUGGCCCGUCCAGUGUUGAAAUGGGACGUGAGCUCUUCAAACUGGCCCAAAUCCUGUUCAACGGGUUUGAAGUACCCGAAGCUCUGAGCACGAUACAGAAGGCAGAGAUGGUCCUGGCCAUGCACUGCGGCCCCUGCAGUGAUGAGAUCCAGGAGCUCCAGCAGAUGAAAUCCUGUUUAUUGGACUUGCCACCCGUCCCUGUGGGGCCCUCAGCAUAGGGUUCCCAGAGUGACCCUCAGAGAAGCAGCCCAAGGAAGACAAGUUAAAAGAGGCUCUGUUGCUGCCAUACUUAGCCAGGAAAGAUAGGACUUGCCCAGUGGUCCCAAGCCCGGUGCAUGAGGGCAGGCAGGCCUCAGAAAACACCCCAGUGAGAGGGAGAUACUCACCUAUUUUAAUGACUGCUUCUUUUUCCUUUUAUAUUAAGAUUUAUUUUUUAUUUAUUUGAAAGGCAGAGUGAAAGAAAGAGAUCUUCCAUCUGGCUGGUUCACUCCCCAAAUGGCCCCAAACGGCCGGGGUCAGGCCAGGAUGAAGUCAACAGCCAGAAGCCUCUUCUGGGUCUCCCACAUGGGUGCAGGGGCCCAAGCACUUGGGCCAUCUUCGGCUGCCUUCCCAGGUACAUUGGUAGGGAGCUGGGAUUAGAAGAAGAGCAGCUGGGACUCAAACCAGCACUCAUACUGGAUGCCAGUGUUCCAAGCCACAGCUUGACCUCUGCACCACGAGGCCAGCCCCUAAUGACUGUUUAUAGACACAGUUAACAGUCCUCCAAUAAAAAACCCAGUUCCCAGAAAAGGCUUAGAACUAGUCUAGUGUCUAGAGAGUGCUGGUCCUUUAAGAGGAUUCCAACUGAUCUUCAGGCAUCUGGAUGUGAGCCUGGGUUUUGGCCGGAUUCCACCUCACUCAGUGAUGAUAGCUGGAACAUUCCGGGGGCUUCUAGUAGUCAUGAAGUGUUGCGCACCACUCCAGUGGGAACUAAACCCUUGAUAAUUAUAUUGUAAUUGAAAAAAUAAAGCAAAGACUCCACGAGACACACAGUUGCACUCAGGGUCUCUAGCUUCCCCAAACCCUCUGUUGCUACCCUUGCAGUGUAAGUUGUGAGUGGAGAAAAAGGACAGGACGCUCGUUGGACGGUUUCUUCCAGGGAUGGCCACUCUUAAAUUUGUUUUCAACCAGUUUGCCGGCCGUCUGGCUUGGAUUCUGUCUGCUUGGCAGCCUCACUGGCCAAGCCCUAAUACAAUCAAAUUUGUGGGAACGACUUUAUAACACGUGCGCCUCUGUCCAAGUUCUCCUAUCAGUCAGCAAGCCUAGAAAGAGACCACUGCUCUACCAGACCUCCCCGUGCAGCAAAUGGAAUCCAGACGGCGUGAGUACGGGAACGGGCAGCGAGGGAUUUCCAGAAAUGCUAGGGUGUGGAUGUCGCUGCUGUGGUUUCAGACUUCAGAGGCAGGAGGUGGAGACGAUGGCUGCCUUCCACCGGGACGUGGAGCAGUGGUGCAGGCCCCAUCCUGGUCAGAAGGCCGCCGGAUUCUCUGGGUCUGACCUCUGGUUGCUAGAUCACCACCGGUGACUGAGGGUUCAAAUGAGUUCGUGGGAAAGAUUGCCAGGUCCGCACUGCUUUUGAGAGUUUGCCGGCCCUGGCCGUGCCCAGGAAGUGCCCAGUGGUUGCCAUGGCAUCAUAAUUAGGAAAUGAAUAGCCCUGCAGAGGCUGGCAGAGGCCUUGCAGGAAGCCUAGUGUUUGGAGCACAGGCAGCGCUCAACAUCUGUGGGGUGAAAGGUGGGCAGCACUUCAUCCCUCCUCCUUUCUAGUAACUCGUCGUGGCCAGGGCUGGUCAGUGCCCCUGAAAAGAGAAACUUUACCCCCACAGACAAUUCUGUUGUUACUUUGUCCCCAAAUUUGCCGUAUUCCCCAUCCCUGAAAAGGACCCUAUUAUACUUUGUUAAAUGGGUAUACUCCCUUAAAAGGAAGGUUUCUGGGUGGGCACUGGGGCACUGUAGGCCAAGCCACUGCUUGGGACACCCACAUACCACAUUGGAGCGCUGGUUCCAGUCCCAGCUACUCCACUUCCAUCCCAGCUUCCUGCUGAUGUCCCUGAGAAGGCAGUAGAUGAUGGCCCUAAGUGCUUGGGCUGGGAGACUCUGGUGGAGCUCCUGGCUCUGGCUUCAGCCUGGCCCAGCCCUGGUUGCUGCAGCCAUCUGGGGAGUGAACCAGUGGACAGACGAUCUCCUCUCCUUCUUCUGUCUCAAUCUCUGUCAUUCUGCCUUUCAUAUAAAUAAAUACAUCUUUUUUCUUUAAUUUCAGAAUUUUUAUAUAUCAAGUCCCAUUUUAUGUAUACUUAAGUUUCUCUACAUGUUUUAUAAAAUAAUUAUUUCCUGACUUACAAAUUCUUCCUUAUCUAUCCAUGUGUUAUCUCAUGUUGUCACAUGUGACAUUAGCUUGACUGCUUACAUGAAAACCUAGUCUGGUUUAUUUAAAAGCCUGCUUCCUGGCUGGCGCUGUGGCUCACUAGGCUAAUCCUCUGCCUGCGGCGCCGACACACCAGGUUCUAGUCCUGGUCGGGGCGCCAGAUUCUGUCCCGGUUGCCUCUCUUCCAGGCCAGCUCUCUGCUGUGGCCCAGGAGUGCAGUGGAGGAUGGCCCAAGUCCUUGGGCCCUGCACCCCAUGGGAGACCAGGAGAAGCACCUGGCUCCUGGCUUCGGAUCAGCGCGGUGCGCCAGCUGCUGUGCGCCAGCCACGGCGGCCAUUGGAGGGUGAACCAACGGCAAAGGAAGACCUUUCUCUCUGUCUCUCUCUCUCUCACUGUCCACUCUGCCUGUCAAAAAAUAAAUAAAUAAAAUAAAUAAAAGCCUGCUUCUAGUUGUGGGGGACAGGGAGUCAGUGGUCCUAGUGCAUCAACACCCCCAGAGCAGAAAAACAGCCCUUACAGUAUACAGGGCAGAUAACUAAUAGUGGUGACUUCUGCGAGUUUCGAUACAACCAGGCUAUAAGUUAAAGACAGCAAACUCCUGGAGGGCAAUUUAUCUUCAUACUAAGCUUAGCAUAGCUAAAAUCAGGAGGAACAAAGUAACAAAAAUGAAAGAUAAAGCUCUUUUAUU